CAGAAAAUCUGGAGGAGCAUUUGUCAAGUCAGUGAGUCAUAGUCAGUGUGGAGAGCGGUGAUGAAUGACGGUGCUGACUGCAGAACUGGACCUGGGCCCUAACCUGAGCAGUGAUAGUAGAGAGAGAGACAGUGCGUGUGAGUGCAGGAAAGAGAGAGCGUGCAGGAGAGAGAGAGAGCGAGGUCGAGCGCGCGAGAGAGGGAAGAAACAGAGACCGUGCUUACUUUGUAGUUGCCGAGAGCCGCGUGACAGUUUGCAGAUGCCGACAGAUGUGCCCGAAGACAGGCUCAACAACGAGGAGAAGGCGGCAAAGUGUGACAGCAUGACUCUGUCCAGCACACCGACUGUUCGCAGAGGAAGCACUCCUCUCCCCAUAAAGCACCAGCUCAGACGAGAAGAAGCCGUCCACGAUGACUGCGACUGGUCGUCAGGUGCAGCUGGACCUUCUGCUUCACCAAUCAGCUUCAGCCCAGCCUUGGACGACACUCUGACCGUGGCUGUUGAGGACAGACCUGACGGGCCUUUAAGGAUCGCUCUGCUGGGGCAGAACGGCGUGGGGAAGUCCUCUCUGGCCCUCGCCCUCGCCGGAGACAUGGACAGGACUGCGUCUGUGGAUUCUGAAGGGGAGGGUUACGUGCGCACAGUCACCGUGGAUGACGAGGAGAGCACCAUCAUUAUCUAUGACAACUGGAGACAGGACCUGUCGGCUCUGCAGUGUGAGGUGUGUGUCCUGGUGUUUUCGGUGACUGACAGGCGUAGUUUCCACCGCACCGCUCAACUCCGACUUCUCCUGAGGGAGACUCAGCCCCAAACUCCCAUCAUCCUCGUCGGUAAUAAGAGUGACCUUGUCCGCACACGUGAGGUCACCUCUCAAGAGGCCAUGUCCAGCGCCACCCUCUUCAACUGCCUGUACCUGGAGAUCUCUGCCUCACUGGACCACCGCACUCCAGAGCUCCUGGAGUGCGUGGUAAGGCUAGCAAGGGGCCAGUCCCCCUGGCCCCCGGGGACCAGUGCGGAGGACAUGUGCGGCGGAGGCCAACGUGAGAGCAUGACGUCCCGUGCCAAACGUUUCCUAUCCAGCCUGGUGCCUCGGUACCCGCGGGAGCGAGAGGUGGGCAAAUUCUUGAGGCAGAAGUCUCGCUCGUGCCACGAUCUGGGGGCCCUGUGAUCAGGGCGAUGAUUAUUAUAAAAACGGUAGCUGGAAGUGAUGUAGUAUACCAAUAGAGGCAGGAAGCAAUUAGAGGACAAGAGAGGAGUAUGAAAGUGCCAGAGUGAUGGCAGGACAAUUCAGGAGAGGAAAACAGGGAGAAUGACAUGUUAGUGAUCUUUAUCUGUAGGACGAUAUAAAAGAUUUUGUACACAAGACCAAACAGCAAGGAUAAAAUACUGUUGUAGAACAUGUAAAUAAACUAUAGUAGUGAUACAUAAUGUCACCCUCAUAGCUUUGAGAGCUAUAAUAAAUAGCUUUUUUGAGUCUGCACAUUUGCCUCUGAUUUUUUUAUUAUUAUACCAGUCGGCACAUUAUUAUUAUGACAAUGAAAAGGAAAGCAUUAAUCACAUUUAACAACAGCUCAAGCCCAGGAUAAAGUCAUGACCACGCAAAUUCAGAACUCAUUAGUGGGUUAGAUUUUGCUGAUGAUUCACGUUGUGUUCAUUUACACUCAGCUAUUGUGGUAUCCAUGGGGAUGCUGAGCAGUAAAUAGUGAAAUGCCAGCAAGGAGAGAAGGGAAUUAAAGAGAUCUGAACUGGAUUUCCAGAGCUC